GUCCCAUUGAAUGUGGCAGCACUUGUUUUACGUGUCAUUAGACACUCAGUGUCUACUCUCAGUAAAAGAAACAGACAAGAACAUGAGGAUGACAUUGGGUCAAGCUGUGUGUGUUUCAGUGGCCAUACUUCUCAACAUAGCAGGCUCACUUUGCCAGUUAGACGUGUGUGGUCAAGCCCCCCGCAACACCAAGAUUGUUGGAGGAGAAAAUGCCGUUGUGGGGUCUUGGCCCUGGCAGGCAAGUCUUCAUCGAAUUUCAACUGCAAGCCAUUUUUGUGGCGGGAGUCUAAUCAAUAAAGACUGGGUUUUGUCUGCAGCUCACUGUUUCCAGAGCAUCACCGAAUCUAAUGUAAAAAUCUAUCUGGGACGCCAGCUCCAAUCGGGCUCAAACCCUUAUGAGGUCUCCAAGACAGUGACUCGGAUCAUCACUCAUCCCAGCUAUAGCACAUCUACCCAAAACAAUGACUUAGCACUGCUCCAGCUCUCCUCUUCUGUGACAUUCUCUGAUUAUAUCAGGCCAGUUUGUCUGGCGGCUGCUGGUAGCGUAUUUGCUGCAGGUACAGGGAGUUGGAUCACUGGAUGGGGCAAACUCAAUUCUGGAGACACCUCUAUUCCAAACACACUGCAAGAGGUGCAGAUACCAAUUGUGAGCAACAGUGUUUGUAAUACAGCCUACCGAGGCAGCAUAACAAGCAACAUGCUAUGUGCUGGAGUAAAUGAGGGUGGCAAAGAUUCAUGUCAGGGAGACUCUGGAGGUCCAAUGGUCAGUAAGAACGACUCCCAGUGGAUUCAGUCUGGAGUUGUGAGUUUUGGUCAAGGAUGUGCACAACCCAAGUAUCCUGGCGUGUACACCAGAGUGUCUCAAUACCAGUCUUGGAUCAGCUCUCAGAUAAGCAGCGACCAACCUGGAUUUGUCUCAUUCACUUCCCUUGAAUCCAGCUCGGGCUCACACAGUCGCCUCUUAUUUUCCCUUUCUCUCACAUCGUCCAUCAUUCCUCUUAUUUUCUCCUUCUAUCUGUUUUCUUAAAGACAGAGGCAUAAUUCUCAGGUUUUUCUGAUUACAAGAUUUGGUUACGCUUAAAAGUAUAAACUAUUUAAAC